CUCUUCUCUCUCUCUCCUCAGGGUAGCAACAUAACAGAAGGUUGGAACGAUGCCCGAUUCACCUGCUGAUGUCAAAACCCAGCCCAGGUUGACUCCGCCCACAAUGCCACCUCCACCCCCGGCCGUCAGCCAGGCACCCAAUCGCAACGCUUCAUUCACACCCACCACCAUGCUGAACGGGAGCAGUCACUCAAGUCACUCGCCCACGUCGCUCAACGGGGCGCCCUCUACACCCAACGGCUUCAGCAACGGCCCYGCCAUGUCGUCCACCGCCUCCCUGUCCAAUCAGCAGCUGCCRCCKGCCUGCGGYGCCCGCCAGCUCUGCAAGCUCAAGCGYUUCCUCACCACGCUGCAGCAGUUCGGCAACGACAUCUCGCCCGAGAUCGGAGAGCGGGUCCGCAGUCUGGUGCUGGGYCUGGUGAAUUCCACCCUGACCAUAGAAGAGUUCCACUCCAAACUCCAGGAGGCUACCAACUUCCCGCUGCGUCCCUUUGUCAUUCCAUUCCUCAAGGCGAACCUGCCCCUGCUUCAGAGGGAGCUCCUCCACUGUGCACGGAUGGCCAAGCAGACUCCCGCCCAGUAUCUGGCCCAGCAUGAGCAGCUGCUGCUGGACGCCAACGCCAGCUCGCCCCUGGACUCCUCUGAGAUCAUGAUGGAGAUCAACGAGCAUGGCAAGAGGAGGACCCCCGACAGGACCAAAGACUCAGAGAGAGACGGGCACCACCCGGAGCACCUGGCCAAGCGGCCCUGCACCAUCAGCCCCAGCCAGCGCUUCAGUCCCAGCACUGGCCUGCCAGCCCACCCGCCCCCCAACGGCCUGCCCACACACCCCCCCAACGGCCUGUCUCACCCCAACCCCCCUGCCCCCCAACACUACCGGCUGGAGGACAUGGCCCUGGCCCACCACUACCGAGACGCCUACCGCCACACAGCAGAGCACCGCGAGGCUCGGGACAGGCACCGGCAGACAGCCGUGCAUGGAGCACGCCAGGAGGAAGUGAUCGAUCACCGCCUGACAGAUCGGGAGUGGGCCGAGGAGUGGAAGCACCUCGAUAAUCUGCUCAACUGCAUCAUGGACAUGGUGGAGAAGACGCGGCGGUCUCUCACGGUGCUGCGGCGUUGCCAGGAGGCCGACCGCGAGGAGAUGAACCACUGGAUCCGACGCUACAGCGACGUGGAAGAUAUGAAAAAAGGUGGGAGCAACGGCCAGCCACGCCCUCCUCCUCCUCCUGUACCUCUACCUCCUCACAACUCCUCCUCCAACACUCCUAACAACGUCGAGACACAGCAGCCCAUAGAGAUUCAUAGGGACUUCCUGCACAGACCUGCGUCUGGCUACCUACCUGAGGAGAUCUGGAGGAAGGCUGGUGCUACAAGUAUCCCACUCUCCCCAGCACUGAAGCAACUCCAAAACAAGCAGGAGGAGGCAGUGAACGAGGUGAAGAGGCAGGCCAUGUCGGAGCUACAGAAGGCUGUGUCGGACGCUGAGAGGAAGGCCCAUGAGAUGAUCUCCGCUGAGAGGUCCAAGAUGGAGAGGGCGCUGGCCGAGGCAAGGAAACAGGCCUCUGAGGAUGCACUGACCGUCAUCAACCAGCAGGAGGACUCCAGCGAAAGCUGCUGGAACUGUGGACGCAAGGCCAGUGAGACGUGCAGCGGCUGCAACACGGCGCGCUACUGCGGCUCCUUCUGCCAGCACAAAGACUGGGAGAAGCACCACCACGUCUGUGGCCAGGGUCUGCAGGGCCUCCCCGGGGGCAGCAGUGUUCCUCUGGGCACCCCCUCCUCCAGCGCACCCCCUACACACUCAGAGAGCACCCCCCCUGGUCCACUCUCCCUGCCCGGCCAGACCAGCGGUGGUGGAGGAGGCAGUCUCUCUGGGAGUCCUAAGGAGGCUAGCUCCAGCAGUGCCUCACGCUCCACUACCCCAGCUACCCCUGCACUGCUGGACGCCACCUCUCGCUGACCCCGCCCUGCCACGCCCAGUCACUCCCACUGACGCUACAGUACAGCUGCCAUCCAUCCUAAACAAACAGAGGAAUCUCCAUUGAUCGCACUGCACCCUUUCCUUCUUCUGUACUGCAUUUGUAGUGGUCCUACCGUGAAUACUGCACCGUCAACUACUUCUUAGCUACCUGAAGUCCUCGUUUUCUCCUCAACGUCCCCCCAAAAAUCGUUCUGACUGUCUCUCAGCCGCACAGACUUUCUCUCUGUCAAACUCGAAACUAGUCAAGGGGUCCACUGUUGUGUUUAGCAUGGCUAGGGCUUAAUUUACUGAAUGCUCAAAAUAAACCAAUGCAGAAGCAGAACUUCCUCUCUAUUACAAAAAAAACCCACACCAGACUUGGUUAUUGAACUCUGAUAAUGUCGUGUGAAGAUAAGCUUUGUUAUAUGCCAGACCAACACGUGGCCUCAGUAACAUAAGCCCAGUCAACGCCUGUGUAUGUCGGGGGCUUGCAUUGCAUGAGACUCGUUAUGGUACCACACGUAUUGUGAAGAAGAGAUAUCUAAAUUUAGCACUUGGAGAGGAUUUCCCUUUAACGCAGCAGGACUGGGCCAUGGACAUGUUCUGACUGAGGUCCCCUAUCUAAGAAGCCAGACACCAGUCAGGAAACCCCUCUUCCGAUGGAGGAGAGGGGAUAAGAUACACUCAUGGUGUGAUUUUUUUUCUCCUCAGAAACUCUUCCAUAAUACGGCUAAUUAUUUAUCUAAUGAUUCAUUUUUGGGCUUUAAGGAAGACAAAGAAAAGUCCAAAUAUUCUAAACAAAUAAUAAUAAGAAAAAUCAUUAAAAAAAAAAGUGAACUACCUUGCUAGCGAGCCAAGAAAAUGACACCGGACUCACCUCUCUGUACCGAUGUGAACCCAAAUGAAUUCAAAGAAGGGAAAAACAUGAUCCAAACCUUUUUAUUACACUGCCAAAGUUACUAAGAGACAAGGAGAAGCACUCAUCUUGUAACCAAACGCAAGCAACUUCACCUCCUCAGCAGCAAAGCCCUGGGAGAUAAAGGCUGUAGAGCAACAACAGGACUCACACAAAAACUCUAUAUUAAGUGCACUGUAGCUGGCCUCUGUCAGCCUUAAAAUACCCACAGUGAUCCACAGAGAGAGAAAUCCAGAGCAAACAUUUGAACCGCCUGCCACAAAAGACAAUUGAAAUGGAAGGACGAACCACUGAAUGUGACAGUGAUUUAUGUGAAUGGCAACGGAAUGGACAAAGAAGCAGCUACUCAAAAAGAAGGUGAAAGGCAUUGGAACUGCCAAAAAGAACCUAAAAAAACUGAUAACCUGUCCAAGCAAGCAUUGUACAGUAUGGAUAAGACUUUUGUUCUUAAUUAUGUUUUUUAGCUCUAUCAAGAGGAUACAUUUCAGUGAGUCGUACAUUUUCACCCUCCUUUUCCAAAGCAUGACAGACUAACGAGCCUCAUAAGCGGUGUAGACUCAGUUCUCUUCUCUCUCUCUUUCUACCUCCCCCCACUUUCCUGUAUGUUCCUCCCUAAAACUCUCUUGUCCCUCAGUCAACCCUACCCCCUUUGGACAUAACCUCUGAGCAGAUAUCUGGGAAGGGAUCAAACCUGCUUGUAGAUAUUCCUUUCUUUGUUUCUCGCAAAAAAAAUGGUCUCUGUCUCUGGUGUCCACCUGUGCUGCCCUUGUGCGUUUUCAGAAAGAGGAACCUUUCUUCUUUUUAAGUUUGGACAAAACAUUGAAGCAGGAGCAAAGACACUCUAGGAGAGAAAACCCCAUGUUGUACUUAUUGUUCAAUUUGUUGUAUCUUUAUCAAUGAAAAGAAAAUCCUCUUGUAGAAUAUUUUAUAUUGCUCGCAUUGUAAGACAGUGAGAGGACGGAGGUGCAAUAUGAAGAGAAUUCAGCUACUGRRUGRAWCCUCAGCMACUACCCAUAGGGGGUCAUAUAAUAUAGAUACAUAUAAAUAUAUUUAAAAUAACAUCAGUAACUUAAUGUGAAUGUACAUAGUAUUUAAAGAGGUCCAAAAAUGUGUUUGCCAAAUAACAGAAACCUUUAAAGUAAUGUACAAUGUCCAGAAUAUGAUUUCUUUCCAGUUMAUUUUUUAAUCAAAGGAAUUUUCAUUUCUCAUAAAUCCUUCUUUUCUACCAGAUUAGCAAAGUCUGCUGAGUGAGUAAUCUCAAAAAGAUGUUAUGAGGAGGGAUGUUGGCAGCGAUAGUGGUUUUCUUCUGGAGUCACAGUUCUUAUAGCUCCCCCURURAUUGAUGGCAGCGUACUCCACUGACUCCCUUCARGAGGAGCCAGCUAUAGCUCUCAUGACAGGCCCAAGAGGAUGGUUUUAAAGAGGAGAAAGAGAGGCUUAUCACACAUUGAUUCUAAAAGCGUCCUAGCAUGAGGCUAAAUUACUCCACUACUCUGGAUAUUGGAUUUAAAACGCAAGAACUUGUGCCCAAAAAGUUAUCUGGGAAACAUUGCCAUCCAUUGGGCUGAAGUGCCACUGCAGUGGGCCACCUUUUACACUAAAAACCAUGUGGGCUGCCCCCAAAACAAAGCCUACACACUGGUCUGGAAGUCUGAAGCUUAACCUAACCAUGAUACUGCCCAAUCCUUUUACUGAUCAUUUUUUCUUACCCUGUCCAUAGAUUAGUUUGUGAAGAUGCAGUCUCAGUCAUUUAUCCUCAUGUAGGGUUAGGAUCCUAGCAAGGCGAAAAGGACUCAGAACCUAGGAGAGUUGGAACAGAUGUCUUCACAAUCACAGGCUAACAAGGAGGAAUGCCAUCUCAUACAGUAAUGUCAUCACAAGCUAUAAGUUAAAACCUCAUUAAGUUAGAAUUACACGCUCAAAUGGCUUUCAAACAUAGCAUUAAAUAAGAACUGUACCUGCCAUGUUCAUAUGAAUGAUAUAAUAAUCCCGAACCAAUUGGCCACAUAACUCUAAAAUGGACCAAACUGGAAGGAGCUUUUGUGUUGUUUUAUCAUGUAUUGUUAAAAGUAUGGUCUGCCAGGCUCUUUCGCAUUUAAAACCUAGAGUGACAUAUAGACGCAGAAACGAUUAGACGUCUAUUAGCAUUGACAGUGUGUUUAAUUUAUCACAUAUGUACAUGAUCUAUUUUCCUAUAUGUCGGUAUCGAAAAGUAAUAUAUAAAUCGUUCAAAUGUGAUAAGCUGCGAGGUACCCUGCAUCUGCGUGUAUAUGUGUGUCAUAUGUUAUUACCGAUGUAUUGAAAUGGCUUCAGCCUG